AUGUCGCUGCUACGACCAAAUCUAGUACCAGAUCAUUUACAAAAUGUUGUCUCUGUCUUAAAAGAUCACGGUUUUUCUACUGUCACCGAAUUUUUAAUUCAUGAUGAGGAAGAAAUCUUGAAGAAAAUAUAUGAGAAAGUGAAAGACUUGAUUUGUUUAAAGAAAGAACUUCAUAAGAAGUUUUCUGCCACAGUUGAAAAUGGGUUUGAUCUCUAUCAGGGUUUUGAGAGGAAAAUUAUAUCUACAGGCUCUGAAAGGUUAGAUGAAUUAUUAGAAGGUGGAAUACAGGAAGGGGAGUUAACUGAGAUUUGUGGAGGGAUUGCUACUGGUAAAACUCAGGGUUGGACGUAG